UAUCAUGCUUAUCGUCACCGAUACCUUGAAACCCGUCACCUUCUUCUUCUUCUUCUUCUAAGUUAACCAUCAAUGCACCACUCCUACGACCCAUUCCUCGACGCCUCAGACGAAUUGCAUUCCAAUGACCCGUCGCUACCCCCUCCGUAAACACUCCGCCUUGGGUCUCCGUCGACGAAGGUCGGCACCCCGCCGCGAGUUCAUUUGCUCCGAUGCAGAAACGGACUCGUCUUCUUCUUCCUCCUCCUCCUCUUCCAAACCCAGCUACGAAGAGAAAGAGACCGACUUGGCUCCUGUGAUCAUGGAUAAUAUGAAUGGAGUUUUAACCGAUUCGGGUCGGGUCCGGGUUGACCCGGUUCAGGAAACCGAAGAAUCCACCGUGAGCGAUGCAGUAUCUAAUUCUCCACCACCACCGAAGCUCCAAGAGCGUAACUCAACACAUGGGUCUCUCCUCGGGCUAGUGUUCAAAGCAAUCGGAUUUCAAUUCAAACUGAUGAGCAGCCUCGUAAAGUCUUCUCCUUUCUUGCUCAAGCUCGGCAGACGAUUCUUGCUGACGCAAGUUUCCGUCUUUAGUGAUAUUUUAUUUCGAGCUCUUAAGCUGACUGGGUUCAAAGAUACCAAACGUGCGGUGAACGUUGCCUGCAAGUUCGGAUGGGGUUUGUUUAGGGCUGCUUAUGUAGGCGUUUUGUUGUUUGGACUGUUGGUUUUGGCGUUUGUGCUUGGUGGGCUUGCGAUAACCCGUGUACUCGAUAAACCGUUUGUCAUCAAGGAGGUCUUGAAUUUCGAUUACACCAAGAACAGUCCUGAGGCGUUUGUGCCCAUAACGUCAUGUGCUGGUGUUGCUUGCGAUGGAAGCUGCAAGGAAAGUAAUGAGAUGUUGAAGAUCAGGGGACUGCGAGCUAUCCCUCGUGACCACAAGUUAGAGAUCACUCUUUCGUUGACCUUGCCUGAGUCCUAUUACAAUAAAAACCUCGGCAUGUUUCAGGUUCGGGUGGAUUUCUUAUCUGCGGAUGGCCAAACGCUUGACACCAUAAGGCGUCCGUGCAUGUUAAGAUUCAGAAGCGAGCCUAUCCGUCUCGUCCAGUCAUUCUUCAAAGUGGUUCCCUUAGUUACAGGAUAUGUCUCUGAGAUCCAAACCUUGACCUUGAAGUUGAAAGGCUUUGCGGAGAAGGAUACUCCCACCGCUUGCUUAAAGGUGAUGAUCGAACAACGUGCAGAGUUUCGACCAGGGGCAGGUAUUCCAGAGCUGUACGACGCGUCCCUCUCGCUUGAAUCAGAUCUUCCUUUCUUCAAAAGAGUUGUUUGGAAAUGGCGGAGAACUUUGUUCGUCUGGAUCAGCAUGACCCUGUUCUUUACGGAACUGCUUUUCGCGUUGGUUUUUUGCAGAUCUCUCAUCAUCCCAAGAACACGACUUAGAGACAUACCGGACCGCAAGUAGAUGAUGAUGAUGAAGCAAUAGUUGGUGUACAUCAUGUUUUGUAACACUCUGAAACGGUAUUCUCACUUCCGGUUUACUUUAGCUCCUGAGAGUUCUUGGAGUAAAUUGUAAAAUCUUAUCUAUAGUUUGGUUCAAGAUAUGUUCUUAAAAACGAGUGUUAAAAUGUUUAUUAAUAUCAGAGAGGAGAAAAAACUGAAAACCAAUGUUCAUUUCAUUUCAUUUUAUAAAGAUGUAUAUUAAAGUUUAUUA